UGCUACACCUGUCUUGACGAGGAGCAAGAGUUAUUAGGUUAGCUCAGAUGUCUAAUCUUGUAAACAUAAUUUUAUUGAAGCUAUCUUUAAAAUGAAGACCUCACGAACCAAGAAAGCUCGAAAAAUUCUUGGAUUUUAUGUAAACAAUUACAAGUUUCGUCAACCAUUUCAAAUCCUCAUUGACGGCACAUUUGCAUUUGCGGCAUUACAGAACAAAUUCAACAUACAGGAACAGCUUGCAAAGUACUUCCAAUCCGAGAUAAAGCUGCUGACAACGGCGUGCAUCAUCUCGGAAACUGAGAAACUUGGUGUAUUCUCUUCAACAGUUAACGGCGCCACGCAAAUAGUGAAGCAGUACGCUGUACACCGAUGUGGACAUGAGAAGAAACCAAUAAGCGGCUCAAAAUGUUUACAAUCUAUGAUAGGGAAAGACAAUAGUGCAAGAUAUAUCGUUGCAACGCAAGAUCGUGAGCUUCAGGAUAAGUUGAGGAUAAUUCCAGGAGUUCCUGUAAUUUAUUUGCAUGGAAAAGCACCCACUCUAUACUCUCCUUCAGAGGCAAGUCGCAAACACGCUGAAGCUACGAAGAAAGGUUUAGGAAUGACUAUAUGGGAGAAAGAAAAUGUAAAGGUAUUGCGAAAGCAAGCAGGAUUAGAAGAGAAGGAGAGUAAAAUGAAGAAGAGGAAAAAGGGAGGACCAAAUCCACUUAGCUGUUUGAAGAAAAAGAAAAAACCGGAAACAAUAAUAUUGAACAAAAGUGGUACAAAGUCUGGUAAAGUCAGGAAAAGAAAAAUUAAAAUAGCGUCACACGUUAAAGAGGCUUUACUAACAGAACUGAAGAGUGAAUGUAGGACAUAGAAUUGUAUGUAUGUAAAAUUUGAAUGUGCAAAUUGUAAACAUGUAUUCUGUGAAUAUAAUAUAAAAAUAAAAUCGUUAAAAAACGGGA